AUGAUGGCCCGGCUCACCCUCCGCGAUUUGGUGUGGCGGCUACACUAUGUGGGAGCUCCCAAGGUGCUGACCUGCAUCGUUCUGAUGCUGCUGUGGUCUCAGAAUGUGGAAACCCUUUCGGAGGGAUUCGACUUCUUGGAGUUCUGGGCCGGCAAGGCUGUCACAUCUACGGUGAUGAGUCACUCUGGGAGGGAUGUUGCUGCUUUGGACAUAGACUACUAUAGGGUGGAUGCCAACAACCCCAAACGAUCCAACCACUAUGACAUAUUGACACCAUCCGGAUUUUUGUUUCUGGCCUGCAAAGAAAUGCUCUGA